AUGGAUGAAUCCAUAUUUAGAAUACGUUUAGUUGUGAGGUAUGUAAGGUCUUCUCCAGCAAGGUUACAAAGAUUUAAGUGGUAUGUGGAAAAAGAAAAAAUCGGAAGUAAAAGUCAUUUGAUUCUUGAUGUAGAAACUCGGUGGAACUCUACAUACUUGAUGUUGGAAGCGGCAUUAAAAUUUCAAAAAGCUUUUGAGUUGUUGGCAUUGGAAGAUAGUAAGUAUGCAGAUGAGCUUACUAGUAGUGAUAGGUCACGAGGUUUACCUAUGAGUACUGAUUGGGAGUAUGCUCACUACUUGUUAUCUUUCUUGAAAGUAUUUUAUGAUGCUACUCUACGUGUCUCUGGGUCUCUUUAUGUUACUAGUAAUGCGUACAUGCGAGAGAUUAUUGGUGUUAGGUUGAAGAUUUCAACAUGGUGUAAAAGUCCUGAUCUUGGCUUACGUAAUAUGGCUACACGGAUGAAAGUAAAAUUUGAUAAGUAUUGGUCAAAUGUUGAUAAUAUCAACAUUAUGUUAUUCAUUGCAGAGGUACUGGAUCCUAGGCACAAAUUGGAAUAUGUGUACUGGGUAGUUAAUGAGGCCUAUGAUGUUGUUGUAGCUAACAAGUUGAUGAGAAAAAUGAAGGAAGCUUUGUUGUCUUUAUUUGAGCAAUACAAUUUGCUUAUGGUGGAUGACAAUGAGCAGUCAAGUGAGGAAUCUCAAGUUUCAAUUGACACUGAUGUGCAUGAUGUAAAUGUUGAUAAUGAGGACUUCAUGAGGGUUAUGUAUAAUGAGAAAAAGGCCGCAAAGAAAGCUGUUGAGCAUAAAACAGAGUUGGAUAAGUAUUUAGCAGACGAUUGUGAGGAUGACAACGACAAAACUUUUGAUAUCUUGAAUUGGUAG